AGCACCCUGGACAGAGGCAGCGCUGCCCGCCGGGUACUUGAGUAUUUCAGUAAGGUCUCAGGCAGCCGGGCUCACAGUCAGGUCAGCUGCUGAUGGUCAGACACUUUUCCACUGCCACACGCCCCUUGUUUUCACCCCACCUCGAGCUUAUCCACGCGGAAUCAAAGAGCAACUUGAUGAAUAUUCACAGUUUACGUCCUCGGUGGCUGACGAACCGUGAAAGGUCGACUGGUUUUCUUUUUAACAUUUUUUUAGAAAUCGAGCUGCCUUCGAAUCGAUCUCAACUCCAGAGGAUACAUCUCCAGGAAACUGCCGGUUUGAGUCCAUCGUCACAGUAGUUUGAUUUAAUUUUUGACCACAGGCGUUUCGACGCUACUGUUCUUCUGUUGGGACAUCGGAACAUCUUCAAAAUGUUGCUUGAACACCCGGGGUCAAGCUGUCAAAGCACCGGCAAUUUCUCCCGGUACAGUUCAGGACAAGAAAUCCCAGUAUGUGCAGGCUGCAAUCAACACAUCGUGGACCGCUUUAUCCUCAAAGUGCUGGAUCGCCACUGGCACAGCAAGUGCCUGAAAUGCAGCGACUGUCAGGCGCAACUGUCCGAGAAGUGCUUCAGCAGGGGCGAGAGCGUCUACUGCAAAGAGGAUUUCUUCAAGAGAUUCGGGACCAAGUGCGCAGCCUGUCAGCAGGGCAUACCGCCCACACAGGUGGUGAGGAGAGCGCAGGACUUCGUGUACCACCUGCACUGCUUCGCCUGCAUCGUGUGCAAAAGGCAACUGGCCACAGGUGACGAGUACUAUCUGAUGGAGGACAGCAGGCUCGUGUGCAAAGCCGACUACGAGACCGCCAAACAGAGAGAGGCAGACUCGACUGCAAAAAGGCCACGAACCACCAUCACUGCUAAACAGCUGGAAACACUGAAGAACGCCUACAAUAACUCUCCCAAACCUGCCCGCCACGUCCGAGAGCAGCUAUCGUCAGAGACCGGCCUGGAUAUGCGGGUUGUGCAGGUUUGGUUUCAGAACAGGCGAGCUAAAGAGAAAAGACUGAAGAAAGACGCCGGUCGGCAGAGGUGGGGGCAGUACUUCCGCAACAUGAAGAGGUCACGAGGAAGCUCCAAAUCUGACAAGGACAGCAUUCAGGAGGAGGGCCUGGACAGUGACGCUGAGGUGUCCUUCACAGAUGAACCACCCAUGUCGGAGCUGGGCCUCACUAACGGCAUCUACAGCAGCCUGAGCGACACUUCUCCGGGCAUCGGGGGCCGUCAAGGCGACAACAACCACAGCUCCUUCCCCCUGGAGCACGGGGUCCUCCCCUCUCAGGACCAGUUCCACGACAUCCGCUCAAACAGUCCCUACGGCCUCCCUCAGUCGCCGGGAUCGCUUCAGGGGCUUCCCCGACACCAGCCCCUCAUCUCCAGCUUGGUCUACCCUGACUCCGGCCUUUCCAUCAUGACCCAGGGCAGCGGGCCUGGUAUCAACCCCGGGGUGAGGGUCUCCAUGGGGGCUGCCAACGGCCCCAGCUCAGACCUCUCGACUGGCAGCAGCGGAGGAUACCCAGACUUUCCUGCCAGUCCUGCCUCGUGGUUAGAUGAAGUGGACCACGGGCAAUUUUGA